ACACACAUUUGCAAUCAUUUGACUGUUAUUUGCAAAAUGAUUGACACUUUAAAUGUCAAACAAUUGUUGUCUUAUUUAUGACCAAAUGAUAUCCAAAUGCUUAAGACAUGAUUGUGAGAACUGAUCCAAGAGGUGGUAAGACAGCAAAUUUGGUGUCAUUUGGUGGUCGACCGGAUGAGAGAUGAGGUUCGGCCGACUGUGCCGUCGAUUUUGUGGACAAUUAUGUGAUUAUAUGACAAACAAAUGGUUUGCAGUCGUGUUGUACGCAAAGAGUCUGUGUUUUAAUAGUCAUAUGAAUAGCGGGUAUUUGGCGGACACUCUUCUGGAGCCCAUGUUUUGGUUCGUCGAUAACUUCACUCAUCUCUUGGGACCAAUAUUUGUCGUAUCGGUGGUCAGUCUAUUAGUGGUGUUUGUGGUGAUCGCAUACACAAUAGGUCUGAGCUUUUGGUGGCGAACCAGCAAAACAGUCACAUCUAUAGCACUGGUGAUCGGCCACUGGUUACUCAUUAAUGUCUGUUAUCACUACUUCAUGGCUUACACCACAUCUCCAGGACAUCCCCCAGAAAACACAACCCUUUCAGAAGUGGUCUCAUUCUGUAAGCGAUGUAUUGGUCCGAAGCCGUCGCGAACCCAUCACUGCUCUGUUUGUAACAAGUGUGUGCUUAAGAUGGACCACCACUGCCCGUGGCUUAACAACUGCAUCGGACACUUCAAUCACAGAUAUUUCUUCAUGUUUUGUCUCUACACAUGGAUUGGAACUGUUUUUGUGAUGAUAUUUGGCUUUACAAUAGCUUACGAACACUUUUGGCCGCAAACAGACAUCACUUCGACUGAAUCGACCACUUCUAAUUCCACAAAUACUUCGACAGAUUUUGUCGGUUAUAUGAAACACAAGUGCAUUAUCUUUGAGGGUCUGAUGACUAUCGGGAUAUUUGUUGCUUUGGGUGCUCUCAUUGCUUAUCAUUCACUGCUCAUAACAAAAGGCGAGACUUGUAUCGAAAGACAUGUAAAUAAAAAAGAAAGAAAACGUUUGUUAGGAAUCGGCAAAAGGUUUGUAAACCCCUAUGAUUUCGGGCCGCGAGAAAACUGGAGGCGCUUUCUAGGACUCCAUCGCACCGGUGGUUGGCUUAACGUAUUGUUGCCCUCAAAGUUCGCGCCUUCUGGUGAUGGACUCGUUUGGUUGAGAAGUGAUGACAAUAAUCAAAACGAGUGCCAAAUUGUUAAUUAA